CUUAAUGCCGUUAAUGCUGGCCAGAAUUAAGUAUUGUGUAAAUAGGAUUAUUAAAACACGAUUUAUUUGGAAUUCAUUUCUGACAAGACUUAAAGGUUCGCUUUGAAAAUCACGCUCAGAAAAUCAUUAUAGUUCUCCAAAUCAAAUAAAUUAAUACUUGCUGUGAAACUCUACUUAACUUUAUUACUCUUUACUUAACGUUAUUAUGACGACAAAUCAAAAAACUCUAUUAGAUAACAGUGGUAGAUCUAAUAUAGAUGGAGAUUCCAAGGGUAAUAAAAAGAAAAUAUUAGAUCCUCCUACUAUUGAGUCUGUUGCCCAACUUAUCAAAACUGGAAAAGCGAAACGAAUUAUUGUAAUGGCUGGUGCCGGUAUUUCUACAGCCGCCGGUAUACCAGAUUUUCGUACACCUGGUACUGGUCUUUAUGACAAUCUUCAAAAAUAUAAUUUACCAUAUCCGGAGGCAAUCUUUGAUAUGACUUAUUUCAAAGAAAACCCGGAACCUUUUUUUUCAUUGGCAAAAGAAUUGUUUCCUGGCAAUUUCAUGCCUACUUUGACACAUUAUUUUUUAACACUUUUAUACCGUAAAAACAUUUUAUUACGUUGUUUUACACAAAACAUUGAUACAUUAGAAAGACUUGCAGGGUUACCAGAUGAGAUGAUUGUAGAAGCUCAUGGAUCCUUUGCUAAGUCAAAAUGUUUAAAAUGUAAAAAAUUUGCCGAUGCUGCAUGGAUGAAGGAGGUGGUUAAUAAGGGUGAAGUACCUAUUUGCACUUCAUGCAGAGUUGGUAUUGUUAAGCCUUGUAUCACUUUUUUUGGUGAAGCAAUGCCUAGUAAGUUUUUCCUAAGACUUGGCGAUUUCCAAGUUUGUGAUCUGCUUAUUGUUAUUGGAACUUCUUUACAAGUUCAACCUUUCGCUAGUUUAGUUGAUUCUGUCGGAGAAAAAGUUCCACGUUUAUUAAUUAAUCUUGAGAAAGUCGGAGAUAUUGAAUUAUCAGAUAUGGGAUUUGAUUUUGAAGGUAGACAUCAAAAUUAUAUGAGAGAUGCUUUUUAUAAAGGAACUUGUGAUGAAGGAGUAAGAAAAUUAGCAGAAUUAUGUGGAUUUAAGGAUGAAUUGCUAAAAGUUUACGAGGAAGGACAAGAAUCACUUAUAAAAGAGUUUGGUAAAAUUCCUACUUCAGUCGAAAUUGCCACCAAAGUUGAAAAGAAAAUUAAAGCUGAGCUAGAACUGACCGUAGAUGAAAUCGAUCAGUUAGCUAAAAUAUUUGAAGAAAAAAUUAAAAUUAAAUCUGAAAUUUCUGAAGAAGUUGAUCAAAUGUUAAAAGAAUUUGACGAGUUAAAAGAAAAAAAGUCUAAGGAUAAAGAAUUAUUAAAGGAAAAAGGAAAUGAAAACAAGUCUAAUGAUAAAGAUGAUAAAGAUGAUAAAGAAUUAUUAAAUGUAAAAGAAGAUAUUACCAAAUCGGAUAAGAAGGAAGAGGAGAAGGGGGAGAAGGAAGAGCUAAAGGACACAAACUUCGUUAUGAUUUGAAAAUAACGUUAUAAUUCAUUAUCGGUAUAUCGAAUAUUGGUAUAUCUAAUAUUGUAUAUCGAUAUUAGUAUAUCGAGGUCAGAGUGUAUAUGUCAUCAGUAAAUACUUAAUAUUUUAUUAUUUGGCAAUUUCUUUUUUUUAGAAUUUUUUCAUCAUUUUAAAUUUUACAAUCUUUUCAUUAUUUUCAUAUUUUUUUUCAACUUGCCAUCUUUAAUUUAUUUUAAUUCAAUUGUAAUUAAGACCAAUGACUUAUCAUUUGAAUUCUUUGUCAUUUCAUCAUUUGGCUAAACACUGAUUUA